UCGCAGUUACUUUAAAUGAUUCAUACAUUUUUUCUAUUUUCCAUAUAAAAUUAUAAAACAAUCGUUUUCGUUGUCCCGACCUAGAUUCGUUCAAUUUUCAAAAAAUGUCGAGCUCGUUGCAGCAGAGCCACAACAAUGCACGCAAUUAUCUUGCGUAUUCGUAUUCAGUCAACUUCGAGAGCCCAUUUGUUUAAACACUGCGUGCGAGAGCAUGUUUGUAUAUCGGGAAGCGACAUAAACUUACCAGUUCAGUGCGGUAUAUUGCUUACAUACAAUAUGAGCAGUGUGCAAUGCAACACUGCUGACUGCAGUCAACUCAGAGUAGACAGCCGCAAUCUGGAUGCAUGCUCUAGUGCGGCUACUUAUUUUAUACGUCUACCUCUAUAACUCACAAUAUAGCUUACUCGCUCAAUGCAGUGUAUUAUUAGUUUUUAUUUGAAGUUGAAAUAAUCCUAAAAUAUUGUGUGUACAACAUAGCGUAAAACGCGUCUGAAGUUGUUGAAAAACUAUUUGUCAAAAAAUUGUUUGACAUCGUCUAACGCUAAAUUUAUACAAUCAACCGAACUCAAUUUUUUGAAUUUUGAUUAUUACUUCGUCGGCGCUAUUCAUUAUUAUUACAAUGAGAACGAAUUUAACUAUUUUUGUCGGGAAAGAGAUGACUUUUCGCAAAAUUCUUCGCUUUUCGAACAUUAUAUAACGGAGGUUAUACCAAAGUUAAAGAUAUUUGUUCAGAAGAUAACAAAGGUAUUAACGUUUUGCAGAUAGUCAAAACAAUUUUGUGAUUUGAUUGUUUUUAAAAAACAGGACACAUGUUUCGUCAAGAAAAUUAUGCCAAAUCUAAGAAAGAUGAAACAAAUCGCUAUAAUUUUAAUUGGACUGCUUUUAGUUUUAGGUUUAUACAAAAGCUUAGUAAAAACAGAAGAUGACAAUGACUUUCAUGCAGACCAAAAAAGAGUACCUAAUGUUCACUUUCAAAACAGUUUGAGAAUAGCUAACAAUGAAGAAACAAGUGAAAUUGAAAUUAAUAAUUUACAAGAAGCCAAAAAUAAAAUUAAAGAACUUGAAAAGAAAUUACAGUUAAUAGAAACUAAACUAAAUAAUGUAGUCAACAAAAAUUUUCCAAUUGUCAAGUUCCUAAACUAUAAAAAUAGAAAACGUAUUCUAGUAACUGGUGGCGCUGGAUUUGUAGGCUCACAUUUAGUGGAUCGUUUGAUGUUAGCUGGUCAUGAAGUUAUUGUUGUUGAUAAUUUUUUUACUGGACGUAAGAGAAAUGUAGAACAUUGGAUUGGGCAUGAAAAUUUUGAAAUGGUUCAUCAUGAUGUUGUUAGGCCUUUGUAUGUAGAAGUAGAUGAAAUUUAUCAUCUUGCCAGUCCAGCUAGCCCACCGCAUUAUAUGUUGAAUCCUGUCAAAACUAUAAAGACUAAUACGUUAGGGACCAUAAACAUGUUAGGUCUUGCCAAAAGAGUCGGAGCUAGAGUAUUAAUAGCAAGUACAUCAGAAGUUUAUGGAGAUCCUGAAGAACAUCCUCAAUCUGAAACUUACUGGGGACACGUUAAUCCUAUUGGUCCCAGAGCUUGUUACGACGAAGGGAAACGAGUUGCAGAAACAUUAAGUUAUGCAUAUCAACGCCAAGAAAAUAUAGCUGUCAGAGUAGCUAGAAUUUUCAAUACUUAUGGACCUAGAAUGCAUAUGAAUGAUGGAAGAGUUGUAUCAAAUUUCAUUCUACAAGCUCUACAAAAUCAUUCUAUUACCAUUUAUGGUGAUGGAAAACAAACUAGAUCUUUCCAGUAUGUUUCCGAUCUAGUUGACGGAUUGAUUGCUCUAAUGGCAUCAAAUUACACACAACCAAUAAACAUUGGAAAUCCUGUAGAACAUACAAUUGAAGAAUUUGCUAAAAUUAUUAAGGACUUGGUUGGAGGUACAAGUCAAAUAGUUGAACUACCAGCAGUAGAGGAUGAUCCUCAACGACGGAAACCUGAUAUUUCAAGAGCUAAAAAAUAUUUAAAUUGGGAACCAAAAAUUUCACUUGCUGAAGGAUUAAGAAAAACACUAGCUUAUUUUGUUAAAGAAUUACAGCGUUCAAAAACCUCACACAUUGACAAUAAUUUGAAAAGGCCAUUCAAAAAUGAUCAUGAUAUAAUUGAUCAAUUAUAGUGACAAUUUUAUAUGAAAUUUGAAUUUUUAAAGACUUUAAUCAUUACAAUAUUUAUUUAUUAUAUUUAUAAAAUACUUAAAUUAUUGAAAUUAAUUUUUUAAAAAUGAUGCAAGCAAGCAAAACCAUAUUAUAUCAUUUAGACAGCGUUAUUAUUAAUAAUAUUUGUAAAUAAUUUUUAUAAAGUCUUUGUGAAUUAUUACUUUGUAAAAAAUUACUGUA